AUGGAUCGUCCGCCUGCUCAACCAUGUUAUUCUGUCAACACUCGUGGACUUCGUAAUAUCCCGAACCGUGGGCCAACUCCCGGACCAUCCCAUGACGCCCGUACGCCCACAACCUCUCCUACCCACCUUCUUCUUCCCCACGGCGCCCACCCCCUCCACAACCUUCCUCUCACUAGAUCUCGCUGCCACGCCUUGGCCGGCGACGGAUCCCACCCUCUUUGCUUUACCCUUGUCCUCCCUUGGGCGCGUACCGCCAUCCCAUGCGUUCCACCACUGCGGCCUCGCGCCACCACGGCCGCCCUAAUCUUCCACAACCUCAACCUCGCCGCGCCAGCCCCGCCUUUCACUACUUCAGUCUCACGCCUAACUUCCGUCCCCGCCUUCCACUGCUCCGGCCUUGCAUUGUCCCGUCACUCUGCCGCAACCUUCCUACUCCCGACCGCCUUCUUCUUCCAUAGUAUGGCGGGACCGGUGAGCGGCUCCCCCAGGUCGGUGUCGGAUUCGCUGUUGCGGGCAACCUCCUCCCCGUCAUGUUCCAAGGCAAAAGAGCAUGCACUUCGGCUGUUUUGCAGGUCAGUUUAUUCUUUUUGCAGGAGAGGGAAUAACAACAAAAAAGACAGGAAGUUAACUUCCACCAGGAUGCCUCUACUGUGACUACAUCGAUACAGCUCGCAUUUUUUUGCAGUUCUGAAGACCCAAAUUCUAAUUAAUAGAACUUCUUUUUUUCACUUCAUUUACUCCUCUAGGGGUCCCGACGAGAACGACGAACUCGAGCGCAUCACCUGAUCCAGACAGUUGGGAUUGUUUGGUGAGGGCUUGGGUCCCUCGUGCCCGGGCGGCCUAUGAGUUCCCGCUGGUGAACUAGACCUCUGCCACCUCUUCCAACUCCCCUCCGCCGCUGGUGCAGUGCAUUGUGACUCCACGUGCAGUGCAGAUUGAGUAGUGCCCACCCGCCGUUCAACCGAAGCAGACCCAGCUAAGGUCCAAUGAAUCCACUACCCUCCUUCUUGUAUAUGUAAAUUUGAUUGGAAGCAUUGAACCCUUGGUUCAGGCCGCGUAUGUAUAUAUAUUGGAUAAACCUUGGAGUACAAGAAAGAGAUCGAUGAUCUCAGGAGUAUGGUUAUAGAGGGAGAGGAAGAAGAAAUACAAUAGGUUACAAGUUUAAACAAA